AGAGCGGGGCUGCGGGCCUCCGGGUGAAGGGGAGGUGCUGCGAGGCUCUGCGAGGCGGGGGACGGUUCCGACGGGGGUCCACGUGGCUGAGGUAAGGCGGGCGCAGGGGACCCGCCAUGAGGCCGCCGGAGGGGAGAGGCAGCCGCUCCCUCAAGGUGAAGUUCGUGCCUGACGAGGAUGUCCUGAAGCACAUCGCUGACGUAGGUGUUAAAGCACGGAAGAACAAGGCUCCAGUAGCAGUCAGUGUGAAGAGACUGGUGAAGAAGCUGGGGGAUAUUUCAGAUGAUGAAGCUCAGGAGACCCUGGAAGAGAACAACUAUGUUGCUGCUCUAGGAAUGUCCACCCAAGAUGCAAUAGGAAAUGGCUCCAGUGUAAGUGGUGGUGCAGUUUACUCCUUCCAGACUCCCAGGCGCCCCAGCAGGAUGGCAGAGCUGGCCUCUGAAUUAGCCCAGACACCAGGAGGGAAUGUUGUACCUAACCACUCCCAGUGCCCUGAGAAGACAGCCAGAACCCCCCAGAGCACCAAACGUUCAGACAGAUUGCAGCAAAAGAGUAAACAGAAAGAAUUUGUGUCCACCACACCUUACAGACUCAGGAAGAGGCUGGCAGCUCCAGACACUUUAGAAAGUGAGAGCGAGUAUUCUUCUUCCUGCUCAGAGGAGGAAGAGCAAGACCAGCCAGAAGCCAACACUGCUGUAUCAGAUCAAAAGACCCCAGCAAAAACUAAGGCUGCAUCUACACCUCCUCACAAAAACACCCUGACCAAAAAAAAAAAGGAGGACAAGAUGAGCAACCUGGUAGAGGAAUACUUUGAAGCUCACAGCAGUUCCAAAGUGCUCACUUCAGACCGAACGCUGCAGAAGUUGAGGAAAAGAAGAUUGAAUCAGCAAACACUGCACAACCUUUUGAAAAAGGUUCCCAUUGCCUAUGCUGCUGAAAUUCAAGAGCUAAACCAGCAACAUGAAGCCCUGUUUACCAAGUGGAUGCUGCAGUUACGCUUGGGUUUCAAUAUUGUGCUCUAUGGACUGGGCUCCAAGCGUGAUUUGUUAGAGAAGUUUCGUGCCUCUGUGCUCCUGGAUGUUGUUCACCUCGUGGUCAAUGGCUACUUCCCCAGCAUCACUGUCAAGUCUAUUCUUAACUCCAUCACAGAGGAGGUGCUGGACUAUGGAGGGUCCUUCCGCAGCCCCCUUGACCAACUUGAAUUCAUCAUUAGAAAGUUUAAAGAAGAUUCAUCUUUAGAGCUCUAUGUCCUCAUCCAUAACCUGGACAGCCAGAUGCUGAGGGGAGAAAGAAGCCAGCAGAUCCUUGCACAGUUAUCCUCUCUGCCCAGCAUUUACCUCAUUGCCUCCAUUGACCACAUCAAUGCUCCUCUCAUGUGGGAUCAGGCAAAGCUGAGCCUCUUCAACUGGCUGUGGUAUGAAACAACCACCUUUAUUCCUUAUGUGGAAGAAACCUCCUAUGAGAACUCCCUCCUGGUGCAGCAGUCUGGCUCUUUGGCUUUGAGCUCCCUCACCCAUGUCCUGCGCAGCCUCACUCCCAACGCCAGGGGGAUAUUCAGACUGCUUGCUCAGUACCAGCUGGAGAACAAGGACAACCCAUCUUACCCAGGCCUGUCCUUCCAAGACUUCUACAGACAGUGUCGGGAGGCUUUUCUUGUGAACAGUGAGCUGACACUCAGGGCACAGCUGACAGAGUUCAGGGACCACAAGCUCAUCAGGACCAAACGGGGAGCUGAUGGUGUGGAAUGCUUGUUAAUUCCUGUAGAUGACAGUACCUUGACCGACUUCUUAGAGAAAGAGGAUGAAGAUGUAUAGCAUCUCUCUGCCCUCAGAAAAUCUGCUGCAAUUGUUCUCCUGGGGUCUCUGCUCAGAUCUCCCUUCCUCCAACCCCAAGGCUGCUGACUGCUCACUGAAAUGUGAUAAUCCUGAGGAGCCUUGCUUGUUGUUCAGCAGCAUCAGGUAGCUUGGAACAAUGACUUGUGUCAGCAAGGUGUCUCUUGCUCCCCUGUUAGAUUUGUCUGCUUUGUCUCUUAGCUCAGAUGAUGCCUUCUUCACAUCUAUGCAGCCAGCCUUACAGCUCAGACAAACAAACGUGGUAAGAUUGUGCCUUCUGCUCUCUACCUCACCAGAUAGGAGGGUACCACUGGAGCAGUUUACUUGGGAUGAGCCAACCACAAGAUGGUCAGAACUUUAGUUUGUACUAAUGGUGCACCUUUUUUCUCAAGUAAGUGCUUUCCAGUGCUCCUUUACCAGUUAGACAGGGUUAGCUCCCAGUGCAUGAAGAAGCCAGGAUUGAUAAUGCUAAGAGGCCUGGCUUGACUGCAUGAGGAAAGGAGAAGACUAAGGAGUUUGAGACAGCCUGGGUGACUUGCUCAGUUCUGGCAGUAGAACCAAAGGACUUGCACCAAACCCAGAUCCUUUUGUAAGAAGGUUUAGGUAAUUAAAAUUCUGAUGUACUCAAGUCUGUUGCCUGCUGGUGAGGAUAGGAGGAUCCAGCUUCUUUCAUCUUGCUUUCCAAACUGCAAUGCCAAAAUAGGAAGAGGCUAUGUAGCUGUUUAUUUUAUAACAUUGUAAAUAUGUAUUUUUUACACCAGAAGAGUUCACUGAUCCUGGAGGGGUCCUUAAAUGUGACAUGUGGGCUCUCCCUUUUUUUAAGCCCAUAGAGAUUGGGACACUGAAGUCUGACAGCUUUUCUUCACUUUUUUUCUCAGGUAUGUGGCAAUAAGCCCUCUUGUUCAGCUGGAGUCUGCCAGCCAGACUUCAGGAACUCUGUAUGUCUAAUAUUUGGUAGCUGUGUUACAGCUCAACAUUGUAAUA